CUGCACACAGCGGAGGCGGCGGUCGCUUGGCUCGGGUCCGCUGUGCUGCUUUGCUGGCUCGACCUCGAUACCAUGGAGGGACCGCAGGAACCUCUGACGGGGAAGCUACGGCUCUGCUUUUCCUCCGCUCCUCGGACCAGCUUCUUACUGCUCAGGCUCAAUGACCCGGCGCUGCGGGCUCUGCGCGAGUGUCAGCGGCAACAGGUUCACCCACUGAUCGCUUUCCAAGGCCACCGCGGAUAUCUGAGGUUCCCAGGCCCUGGCUGGUCCUGCCUCUUCUCCUUCGUAGCAUCCCAGUGUGGCCAGGAGGGUGGCAGUGGUGGCUUGGACCUUGUGUGCCAAAGGCUACGCAGAUCUGGGCCAAACCGCCUGCACUGUCUGGGUCCUCUCCGGGAGCGCCUCACUAUCUGGGCAGCCAUGGAUGCUAUCCCAGCCCCGACGCUAGUUCUGGGAUCCAACCUGCCUGAAGAGUCUGCAGGUGCUGAGUGCUGGCCCAACACUGGAGGCUCCUCUGCAGGAGAUGCAGUCUCACAGUCCCAGAUGGCCCCAGAGGAGGUGUCAGAUCCAGGAGAGUCGCUCCCAGGAUCUUCAAGGGAGCGUGCGGCCCAGUGCGAAGUGAGAUAUCCUAGGAACCAGACCCAUCUGCCAAAUAGAGAGUCCGGCCAGGAACAGCCUGUUUCUGCCAGCCAGAAAUACCUGGACAAAAAACGUCCAGCGUCGACAACCACAAGAGGACUAGAAGAAAAGAGGCUCAGAGCACUACCUCUAGCUACAAGUCCCAUACAAGAGUCAGUCAGUCAGGACAUACAGGCGGGAGAAGACUGGGAGCAAGGCGAAGAUGGGGACCCCAGUCCUUCAGUUUCUGCAGACUGUGAAUCCCCAAGCCCUGAAGAGGUACCGGAUUAUCUCCUGCAAUACAAACCAAUCCACAGCAUAGAACAGCAGCAGGCCUAUGAGCAGGACUUUGAGACAGAUUAUGCCGAAUACCGCACACUGCAUGCUCGUGUUGGGGCUGCAAGCCAACGGUUCGUAGAGCUGGGAGCAGAGAUCAACAGAGUUCAGCGAGGGUCUCCAGAACGCAAGGUGUUAGAAGAGAAGGUAAUCCAGGAAUAUAGAAAGUUCAGGAAGCGGUACCCAGGCUACAGGGAAGAAAAACGCCGCUGUGAGUACCUGCAUCAGAAACUGUCCCACAUUAAAGGUCUCAUUCUGGAGUUUGAGGAAAAGAACAGAGGCAGCUGAAGCCGUCCUGAGGACUCUUGACCCUUUGCCCAGUGAGAUAGGAACAAAGCAGCUAUCAACUGGUUAACUGUACGCUUUUCUUACAAGUUCACGGUAGCAUGUAGCAAGCUGCUCUGGGUUCUCCAGGUUCUUCACCAUUGCCAUGUUUAAGUCUUUAGGGUGUGGGCAUAGAGCCAGGGUGCCACAGCUGUGCCCAGGACACUAGGGGAAGGAGCAAAGGGUUGGCUUCCUCAACUUAAUAUUUUCAAAUUCUGAGAAAUGACAUCAUUUCUGGGACAAGAUUUUCUUGUCCUGGAUGUUAGACAAACUGAAAAUGAAUUUAGCCUGGUAGCUUCCCUAAGGAAGAACUUUUAUAGUGGAGUUGAAGCAGCUUGCACUGCAUCUGGAUAUAAUGGGAAAGGGCCCCUGUACUGAAUGUGAAUGCUUUUACAAAAUAACAGUAAAACUGUU